AUCUUUUAUCUCAGCCUGCGAGUGCCUCCGCUGGUGCCAGACACUGGACCGCCCGGUGUCCUUGCAGCCAGGCCAAGGGACGCUAACCCAGCUGUCCAGCAUCACCGUGGCGACAGAGGCUUAAAGCUCAGUUCUGUCAUCUUCACCAUCAAAGUACAUUACUCUUUUCUCUCUCAGACACAUGCUAGCCCCACUGAGGGUGAUGACGAGUAUCCUGAACAAACGAUGGACUCUUAACACCCUGAUCCCUGUGAUCACAGUACCUGUAUGUAAAAGGAUUAAGGUGGAAGGAUCCUUCUGUUCAGCUUCAAGGCCUACAUGUGCACAUGAAGCCAUUACUGUCCUGUUUUAAAAACGAACAGCUAUCUGGUUAUCUGCAAACUAUCAGAAAAUCAAUAUGCAUAGGCAAGAGGCAAGGUCUAUCUCCCAUGGCAAGAACACCCUCUGGCACUUCAACUUGUUGUCUGAAAGUGUGAUAGAAAUAAUUAGUAUCCCGGUUUUCCAUCUGUAUUGUGAUAUGAGUUGAUUGCCAUACUUAGUCAGUAGAAGUAUACGUUCCGCUCAGUAGAAAGGUACAGCAUGGCUUGCGUUAAUGAAGAACUCCCAGCUUGGGCUCUCUAAACUGGGAGGGAAAAACUCCAUAAUGACAGUCAUGUCUGUGAUCUGAAAUGUCGAGCCUGAUUAAUAUGGAUGAGAAACAGACAGAUUUAAGAGGGAACGCUACAGCAAGCUAGCGACACCAUCAUUAACUACCUUCAUUAGCUCAUUUAAAUGAUACAGGUAGCCAUUACACCAGUCUUAAACCUCAGUAAAGUCUUCAGAACAGAUGGGAACCACACUUACAUAUGAAACAGAGACAUUACCAACUUGUUAAAUGUGGCCAGAGUUUACCCCAGGCUGUGUCACUAGAUUACAUGGAGUACUCUGGGUGUUCCUCCUGCGUCCGCCUCACAGACAAUCCCCUAAAUCAUCAGAUUACUCAUUUACAUAAACAUUUCCCCAGGGAUCCAGUUCUGGUGCUCGCCAGCCAACCCUGUUAUGUCAGGAUAUAAUCUCAGUAUACUCCCUGUGUCCAAAUUAUGACACAGAGAUUAGAACAUUGUGAGAAUAGUGUCCAAACUAUGAGAACUGCCCUAGCUGCCAGUCUCCAACCUGCAUGGCAAUGUAACAUGGCCCAGAAGGCAACAGCACUGAACAAUUCAAUGUUAAUUCAAUAUACAGUAGCUAUUAAGAUAAAUGGACUGGGUGAUUUUCGAUGAGCAACAUUAACAUAAACCCAAUAUGCAAACCCAUCAAGAUAAAUCUGUAACAUUGGAAAAGGGAAUGGAAAAUCACUUAAUGAUGUUCAAUUUACAUUCUACAUAACAAUGUUUAAAUCCACUCUCAUUAAAACAUACUCUCCUCUGACAUACUGUAAUUUGAAUAGAAUAAUAUUAACACAGCAAAAGAGGAUUAAGUUAGUAACCAUACCAUCAGGCAGAAUAGUGAGUGUAUUUGUGUUCUUUGUUGCCCACAGGACAGCUUCCCUGCCAGGUUCGGAGGAAUCCAUUUUGUGAACCAGCCGUGGUACAUCCACGCCCUGUACACCGUCAUACGGCCCUUUCUGAAGGACAAGACGAGAAAACGGGUAGGAGUAGAGUAUGUUGUUGAGGGAACAUAAUGAAAAACCUUUUUGACAGAGACCAUCGGGUCAACUGUAUUGCUGUAUAACCAAUGAAUGUAAGUUCAUUGUGUUCAACAUCAUUUAUCGUAGCCUUCAUAAUAGUGAUGUCAUUUACAAAAUAGCCUCCAACACUCUACUCAGCAAAUUGGAUGUAGUCUAUCACAGUGCCAUCCGUUUUGUCUCCAAAGCCCCAUAUAAUACCCACCACUGUGACCUGUACGCUCUUGUUGGCUGGUCCUCACUACAUAUUCGUCGCCAAACCCACUGGCUCCAGGCCAUCUAUAAAUCACUGCUAGGCAAAUCCCCGCCUUAUCUUAGCUCAUUGGUCACCAUAGCAACACCCACCCGUAGUCUGCGCUCCAGCGGGUAUAUCUCACUGGUCAUCCCCAAAGCCAACACCUCCUUUGGCCGUAAUUCCUUCCAGUUCUCUGCUGCCAAUGACUGGAACAAAUUGCAAAAAUCUCUGAAGCUGGAGACACUUAUCUCCCUCACUAACUUUAAGCAUCAGUUGUCAGAGCACCUUACCGAUCACUGCACCUGUACACAGCCCAUCUGAAAUUAGCCCGCCCAACUACCUCAUCCCUAUAUUGUUAUCUAUUUUGCUCAUUUGUACCCCAGUAUCUCUAUUUGCACAUCAUCUCUUGCACAUCUAUCAUUCCAGUGUUAAUACUAAUUGUAAUUAUUUUGCACUAUAGCCUAUUUUAUUGCCUUACCUCCAUAACUUGCUAAAUUUGCACACUGUAUAUUAUAUGUAUUUCUGUUGUAUUUUUGACUUUGUUUUGUUUUACCCCAUAUGUAACUCUGUGUUUGUUUUUAUCACACUGCUAUGCUUUAUCUUGGCCAGGUCGCAGUUGUAAAUGAGAACUUGUUCUCAACUGGUUUACCUGGUUAAAUAAAGGUGAAAUAAAAAAUAAAAAAAUAAAAAUAAAAGCUGUAGUCAUAUAAACAGUGUUCAGGUCAGGACAUAAGCUUUUCACAAUGGCAAACCUAUCCUCUCUAACAUACUGUAGACUUUAGCAUGCUGUUAGACUGUAUACUGUAUGCUCAUUAUCUAUCUGUGUCAAUGUUGUUGUGUUGUUUUGUCCAUCCAUCUGCAGAUCUUCAUGCAUGGGAACAACCUGAACAGCCUUCACCAGCUCAUGCACCCUGAGAUCCUGCCCUCUGAGCUGGGGGGGAUGAUGCCCCCCUACGACAUGGGAACCUGGGCCCGCACCCUCCUGGACCACGCCUAUGACGAGGAGACCGAGUACUGCCCCGAGUCCUACAGCCUGUCUGUCAAAGACCUGGAGAAAGACCUGUCUCCCAAAACCAUGAAGAGGUCCGUCUAGACUCUGGACAGUCAUGUUAUUCACGUGUGUCAAUGUGAUAGACUGUGUGUUGUGUCUUCAUACGAGACAAAAGUAGAGGUGUCUGACAUGUUAGUCUGUCAGAUAUAUCAUAGCUGAUGUAUUUUCUUCCAGGAGCAGUGAUGUUUUGGGGCUGUCGCUGGGCAACACAGACUUUCAACUCCCUCCAAAGAUUUUCUAUGGGGUUGAGAUCUGGAGACUGGCUAGGCCACUCCAGGACCUUGAAAUGCUUCUUACGAAGCCACUCCUUCGUUGCCCUUGCGGUGUGUUUGGGAUCAUUGUCAUGCUGAAAGACCCAGACACGUUUCAACUUCAAUGCCCUUGCUGAUGGAAGGAGGUUUUCACUCAAAAUCUCAUGAUACAUGGCCCCAUUCAUUCUUUCCUUUACACGGAUCAGUCGUCCUGGUCCCUUUGCAGAAAAACAGCCCCAAAGCAUGAUGUUUACACCCCCAUACUUCACAGUAGGUAUGGUGUUCUUUGGAUGCAACUCAGCAUUCUUUGUCCUCCAAACACGACGAGUUGAGUUUUUACCAAAAAGUUAUAUUUUGGUUUCAUCUGACCAUAUGACAUUCUCCCAAUCCUCUUCUGGAUCAUCCAAAUGCACUCUAGCAAACUUCAGACGGGCCUGGACAUGUACUGGCCUAAGCAGGGGGACACGUCUGGCACUGCAGGAAUUGAGUCCCUGGCGGCGUAGUGUGUUACUGAUGGUAGGCUUUGUUACUUUGGUCCCAGCUCUCUGCAGGUCAUUCACUAGGUCCCCUCGUGUGGUUCUGGGAUUUUUGCUCACCGUUCUUGUGAUCAUUUUGACCCCACGGGGUGAGAUCUUGCGUGGAGCCCCAGAUCGAGGGAGAUUAUCAGUGGUCUUGUAUGUCUUCCAUUUCCUAAUAAUUGCUCCCACAGUUGAUUUCUUCAAACCAAGCUGCUUACCUAUUGCAGAUUCAGUCUUCCAAGCCUGGUGCAGGUCUACAAUUGUGUUUAUGGUGUCCUUUGACAGCUCUUUGGUCUUGGCCAUAGUGGAGUUUGGAGUGUGACUGUUUGAGGUUGUGGACAGGUGUCUUUUAUACUGAUAACAAGUUCAAACAGGUGCCAUUAAUACAGGUAACGAGUGGAGGACAUAUAUCAUAAAGUAUAUGGCUCAUGUAAUAACCACAGAAAUAGUGCAGAUAUGGGACAUAACUAGGGAUUCCUAUACCUAUAAGAUACAUGGAAAACACAUGAUUGAUUUUCUACAGUAGGAGUAAUCCUUCAAUAAAUUGCACAACACUGUAGUACAGAGCACAGAGAUCUAUAUUCUGGUUUGUGUGUUGUGUACUAAAGGCCUCUCACCGACAUUAUUCAGGGGGGUAGCUCUUAGAGAUAAGCAUAGGAAAUGGUAUAAUUUGAUAUUAUAAUAUGUAUUCACUAUUCAAAAUGCAAAACUUAUUCAGAGAAAUUGUUCUCAGUGUUUCAUUCAGGUGAGUGGUUUAGUUUCUGAAAUCCUCCAUGGCAGAUAGAUGUAUGUUUUAUAGAAAUAAUAAAUGAGGCAUGAUGACUGACUAGUUUGCUUUAGUGACAGUCCCUUGUCUCGGUGAGUUUCUUUAGGGCUGUCUCUCUCGACUUACUGGGUCAUGAAAUGGAGUGAGCUCUGACUUUUUCAGAGUGCACUAGCUACCUUCUGGAGCAUGAACAGAAGUGAUGGAGUUUUACCUUUGGCAAUAAGCUCAGUUCCACUCCUGCUGCCACACACAACCCUGUACUGAACCUGGACAGACAUAUGACAUUGUCAUGAAGGCCUUCUUGCCUUGAGAAUAUUAGCCUCUUCAAUGUCCUUUUGUCCUUUUCUUUAGUGAGCCAUCUAAAUUUCUCGUGUGUGUGUGUGUGAAAUACAUGCACUUCCCCCAAGCAUAGCACAGUAUCCUUAGUAAAAAUAAAAAAAGAAGUGGUUUAGCAGAUUUGAAUCAGUGAAAUUUACUAUGAAUGACAUUUCUGCUUACCAAGACAAUAGACUGACGCAGCAGUCAAAGCAAUGAGAGAUAAGGUACUGUAUGGGAUUUUCAUUGAUUCAUCAAGGAAAUAAAAGCAUUUAAUAAUGUCUUUAUUCCUAUUGUUACCUAAGCCCUCUGUUACUCUGCACUGCCCUGUAUCUGUGACAGAAGCAUUUGAUUGGUGUAUUAUAGCAUCAUGGUCAGGGGCCUGCUAUAUGGUGAAUUUAGUGCUGUAAAUCACCAGCAGACAUAUGAUCUGAAGUGACUUAUUUAGUCAGGGCUGUUAGCUCUCCACUUUACACUGCGAUGUAUACGCUCCACAAAGGUCAAGCCAACAUUGCCUCUUCCAUUACUUGAUUAAAAAAUAACAAAAUCGGCUAUGAGUCACUGUUGGAGAACCAUAUGCUCUGAAUGAUGAGCCGCUGUAUCAUGGCCACCCCAUAAUGACACAGCCAUACUGAACUGUAUGACUGUGAUGCGUGUGUGUGUGAGUGGUGGACUGGCUCCCAGGCUGAUCUGUUUUACUUCCCUGUUCACUGCUGCAGUAAUUACAUAGAUCCCCGCUAGCAGCAGUAGCUUUAUGAACUUCCAAAUGUUAAGCUCACUGAGGCUGACAGGGUCCUACUAUUUUAGUUUUACUAUUCCAAAGGCAAUUUGAGCCCCUGUGUAAAUACUGUACAAUCAUCUAUUUUAUUUUGUUUGUUGGUGUUUUUUUGUUGCCACAGGUGAAUGAAGCUCUGGUUGUUUUCUUAGUUAUCAUCAUUAGUCGUAUGAAUGUUUUUCUGUCACAGCAGUCACAGGAGACCAACCUGUUCCAGACUUCUGCAUGAUGAAUGAUCACUCCUGUUCCCCAAAGCAGCUUAGGCUUCUGUUGGAGAAAUACAUCAGAAAUAGGUCAGAGCAGUGUCUGAGGGUGACAUUUUGUGAUCGAAUGACCUUUUCGGGCUCAUGUACUAUACAAGACAACACAAUUUCUAUUUCUAGGAGAUCAUUUUUAAUGUUUUGUUUGCUUUUGCGCGUGCGUGUGUGUGUGUGCACGUGUGUAUGUUUGUGUGUUUUGGUGUAUUGCACGUGACCCAAGGCCUCCUAAAACAAUUCAUGCUGGGGGAUUUUGUGAUGCAUUUAUGAAACCAAUCGUCUAUGACCUUGUAUGAUUCCUAUGUGUGCUCCCUGCUCUGCAGGAUUCAAGGGUGCUCUGGUGCUCGCACCUUUGCAUCCCACACCUUUGUACUAGAGUAGGCGAGAAGUCCUCAGUGAUACUGCUUCAAUGAGCACAGGCCCCUCUGAUGCCAGUCAUCUUUUAUUCAUAUCCACAGGUCCCAGUCGGUGGUGGAGCCCGGAGUGCUUAAACGGCCAGAAAAAGUGAAGAGCGAGGAGGAGAACAUGCAGCCGCUGCUCUCGCUGGACUAA